CGCAGCCUCGGGCUCAAGCUUGCGCUGCUGUCGCUGUGCACAUGUGGAGCCAAAGCAGCUCCACUGGUCUGCUGCCAGCCUCGGCGCACAUGGCCACGCAUGUGCGUCAACAUUUUGUCUUGACGCUCGUGAAGCUGUCUUUGGGCACCAUCGCCGUGUUCUCACUUGGCGUUGGCGGCGCGGACGCCACCAACCCAUCAGCCGAGGAUGGCAACGCGAAGGUGGAGACGACGUGGCCCUCUGCUACCUCACUUGGCGAGGCGGCCGGGGCGCGGACUGGUUUGCGGGGCACACAGCCAGAGCUCGACGCCAGCCGCGGCGUCGCGGACAGUCGCGUUCGCAACAAGACGUUGUCCGCGAUUGCAGACAGCAAGGCCUCGUCGGCUGUCGCACUCCUGCCUGCAUGGCCGGGGGCGACGGAUGUGGCGUUGGGAGGUUCGCAGCAUGAGGAGGACCGCCGGCUAACUCAAGUCUAUAGUCUAUAGCUAUUUGGAACCAGGCCUGACUUGCGACGACGUGGGCCUCCUAGACCCGUCGGACUCCACGGAGUGCUUCGGCCCCGCGAUCACGUACGUCAAUGUGACUGGAACUGGAGAUCCAAUAGAUUUCGGGACCUCUUCUUCGUUUACUUUCGGUUGUGUCUACGACUCCGACCUGGACAGGGUUCUGUUCUCCGCGACCUCCGGCUCCGACACGACGUCGUCCCCAACGUGGAGAUACAUUUGCCCAGGCUCAUUCUCCACGACAACCUCCAGUGCGAUCACGGCAACGGCCACCCCCAUGUCGACCUCUGCCACGUCGACCUCUGCCACGUCGACCUCUGCCACGUCCACGUCGUCUUCAACAGCCACAGAGCCUCCUGCAAUGACUUUGGUGCCAUUGGGCCAGACGUGCUACGACGUGGGCUUGCAAGACGUCGCGAGUUCCGAGUACUGUUUCAACAUAGCAGCGUCCUAUUCCAAUAUCGAGCCCGCAACAACGAGCUACAUCCCGAGUACGGCUUUCAAGGUCAGCUGUGUCUACGAAAGCGCCUCGGACACCAUGAUCUUUUCGCAGUCAACCGGCGCUCAAACGGAGGGAUCUGCCGACUACCAGUUCUUCUGCAUGGGGACAUACACUACUACGGCUACGUCCAUUCCGAUUACGAGCACCUCCCUGACCUUCAGCUCGACGACGACCGCGACAGCCACGACCGCGACAGCCACGACCACCUCCUUCCAGAACUACGCGCUUCUGGAAGCAGGAGAGACUUGCUACGAGGCUGGCAUGGAAGAUAUCACAAGCAGUGCAGAGUGUUUCGGACCUGCCAGAAGCCGUUUCGGUUACCAGUCUGCUGUGACAAAUGAUUUUUCAAACCAAGGUUUAACGUUUACAUGCGUUCUUCAGACCGCGGACACGAAGAUAUUCUUCGCUGACGCUAGCUCAGAAGACGCCGUCGCCCAGGCGAACUUUCGGUACAUCUGCAGGGGGGUCCUGACGACGACCGGUACCAGCACCACGCCAGACCCGACGCCAGCUCCGACGCCCGCGCCUACGCCUGCGCCUACGCCAGCACCUACGCCAGCGCCGACGCCACGCCUACGCCAGCACCUACGCCAGCACCGCCUACGCCAGCACCAACGCCAGCGCCGACGCCGGCACCUACGCCAGCGCCGACGCCCGCGCCUACGCCACACCAACGCCCGCGCCGACGCCGGCACCUACCCCAGCGCCUACGCCAGCACCAACGCCCGCGCCGACGCCAGCGCCUACGCCAGCACCAACGCCCGC